GUAUAUAUAUAUAUAUGGUAUGAGAGUUUUGCCACUCUUCUAGGUUUACGUUCUUGGGUGAAGAAGUGCUUUCUUUUGUUGCCUUUAUUCAUUUCCUUCCCACGAAGAUCUGCAUCUCUUUGUCCUUGCACUUAAUCUUAAUUUACCCACUUUCAGAUUUCUCUAUACUUCACUUCUCAUAUUUAAUUUCUUUUAUUUAUUUGUGUUUAUAUUUAGUAUUACCUUAUAAUAUAUAGAUCACCAUUUUCCUGAUCAUCAUCCAAAAAAAAAAAAGACAACUCGUUGGAGUGUAGAUGUCUGGUUUGGAAUCAAACACGGGUCGUCGCUAUGUGCAUCCACUUCUAGGGCAAGAUCCCACCACUCCGCCUCCUUUGGAUAAUCAUCACCACAUGGACCAACGAAGCGAAUCCACCGCCGUCACUCCCACCGCCUCCGCCUCCUCCUCCGGUCGUGGUCGCCGGCCACGUGGACGGCCUCCGGGCUCCAAGAACAAGCCCAGGCCUCCGACAAUUAUCACCAGAGACAGCCCUAAUGUCCUCAGAUCCCACGUCCUUGAAGUCUCCUCCGGCUCCGACAUCGCCCACGUCGUCUCCACCUACGCCAGCCGCCGCGGCUGCGGAGUCUCCGUCCUGGGUGCCUCCGGCGCCGUCACGAACGUCACCGUUCGUCAGCCUGCGGCGGCGGGUCCCACGCUGCACGGCCGGUUCGAGUUACUUUCCCUGACCGGAACGGUGCUUCCGCCGCCGGCUCUUCCCGGCGCCGGAGGCUUGACGGUGUAUCUGGCCGGAGGUCAGGGGGAGGUAGUCGGAGGGAAUGUGGCGGGGCCGUUGGUGGCGGCGGGUCCGGUGGUUCUGAUGGCUGCGUCGUUCGCCAACGCCGUGUACGAUAGAUUACCGAUGGAGGAGGCUGAGGAGACGCCGGCUGCGGUGGCGCAGUCAUCGGAGGUGACGGGAAGUGGGGCCCAUGUGGGAGAAUCCAGAAGCGGAAGUGGUUUCUAUAGUUUGGGAAUGAAUAUGGGCAGUUAUCAAUUCUCCGGCGGCACCGGUGGCGGUCAGAGACCAGCGUUCUAGCGUUAGCGUUUAGUGCGACUCUUGUCUGUUGGAAUCUUUUGCGGUUGCGGUUUGGGAUUAGGGUUUUCUACUUGGGGUGUUCUUUUGUGGAAGAAGACGAUUUAAUUUGGUUUCGAAUAGAGAUUAUUAUUUGUUUAGGUUUAGGACAAUAUAGUUUCUUUUUCUUUUUUA